GCGCUUUCAGUCUUCGUUUUGCCUCUGAAUCGUGCGGUCAGCAGCUGGAAACUGAAUUGCAACCCACAGCGCGCUGCCUCGGCCGCGAUGCGACCGACGCUUCAAAUGUGGCACUAAGCACACCAGCAGCAAUAUCCACUAGCAAUUGUUGCGACUGCAACUGCGAAUCGACCGCAGCAGCACCGUCGUAGCGCUAGAACGGGCUAUAUCCGUCGCCUAUCCCAGAUCCUCGAUUGCAGGCCAAAUCAGAGCCGGCCGUCCGGUCCGGUUUCCGGGCUUCUGUCGUCGUCGGCUUUAAAGUAAAGCUCUUAAAGCAAUUUUCGUGCGCUCGCUUUUCGUUUUUCGUUUUUGUUUUCGUGUCGCAUCCCCCGCCGUAUACGUAUACGUGUGUGCCCGUACCCGCACCGUGCCCGGAGUUUCCAGUGGCUGUGCGCUUUACUCCUGGCAGCAGUCGUUCCCCGGAGUCUCCUCGGAGAAUGCGCUGGGAAUGCAUAGACGAAUGCAAAUAAAGCACAAAACUCAUAUAAUUUUCAAGGGAAAACAAAGCCCACACACGUGUGUGUGUGUCCCCUGGCUGGCUACCAGAAGGAAAAUCACAUAAAAUGCAACCAAAUCUGGUGCACAGCAGCAACAAGGAUAGAACACUUGCAUACAUAAAAUAUUUAAGCUAAGUGAUAGCAAAGGCAAUUGCAAUUCAUAAGGAAACUCUUGAUAAGUCCGAGAGCAAGAGCUCCACCUACUCCACCACCACUCUUCGUGAGAGCGAGAGAGACAGAGAGAGAGAGAGAGAGAAAGAGAUGCCUCUGAUGGAGACGCCUUGGCUGCUUUCGGCCAAGGAGAUGGUGGCCGGCGAGGCCUGGCUGAGGCUGCGGCUGAGGUUGCAUAAAUCAAACAUGGACUACACGUGUCUCUUCUGUUGCAGCCUGGCGUUCGCCCUCUAUCUGAACACCCUCAAUGCUGGCUUCGUCUACGACGACAGACGCGCCAUUCUGGGCAAUGCGGAUGUCUCUGGCGGCGGGCCCUGGCAACGGAGCUUCGCCAACGACUUCUGGGGCACCCCGCUGACGGACAGCGGCUCCCACGGCUCCUGGCGACCCCUGUGCGUCCUCAGCUUCCGGCUCAACUAUUUCCUUGGAGGUGGCUUCGCGCCGUGGGGAUUCCACCUGGUAAACAAUCUGCUGCACUGCGUUGCCACGGCUCUGGUGGUGCGCGUGGCACGCACUCUGCUCGCCUCCGUAUGGGCGGUGCUAGCCGCGGGUGCCCUAUUCGCGGCGCACCCCAUCCACACGGAAGCCGUGGCCGGCGUUGUGGGGAGGGCGGAUGUGGCAGCGUGCGUCUGCUACCUGCUCACGUACCUCAGCUAUCUGCGGCACAUGCGCUGGCGCGAGUCCGGCGAUCCCCGCCAGUGGCUGGCCCUGGCCGCGACCCUGAUCCUCGCCCUGGCAGGACUCCUCUGCAAGGAGACCGCCAUCACGGCACUCCUGGUGUGCGCUCUCUUCGAUGUGAUUCGGGGCGUGAGUGGACAGGUGGAUAAGCAACGCCUCCGGUCUGUGUGCAUUGUCCUGGGGGCUCUCUUCUGCAGCGCCUACUGCCGUCUAGUCAUCGUCCCAGGGCCACAGACGGCCUUCUCCAGCGCAGACAACCCCAUUUCCCGCACCCCAUCCGCCUGGACGCGGCUCCUCACGUUUCUUUACCUGCCGGUCUUCAAUUUUCGAUUGAUGCUGCAGCCGCAGGUCCUGAGCUUCGACUGGGGCAUGGAUGCGCUGCCGCGCGUCACCUCCCUGUGGGAUCGAAGGAACGCCCAGUCCGCCUGCUUCUACUCCGUGCUGGUGGGCGUGGCGUGGCACAGCUGUCGGCAGUUGCUCUGCAACGGAGGGGGAAAGGACGUGGGCGGAGUAUCAGUGGCGGGAAUGGCUGGAAAUGCGCCGCCAUUCCCGCAGUACCACAUCCAGAAGGUGGCCGCAAGUCGCAAGUCCCGCUCCAAGCGCAAGCGACUGGCGGCCAGCAACAAGUACCAAGCCUUUGAGGCAGCAGCCGCCUAUCCGCCUAUCCACCAAGAGACGGCGCUUCCAUUCGCUGCCAAACAGCCGUGCAGCAGGGACUGCAACAACAACAGCAGCAGUGGAGCCUAUCCGCAUCCGCAUCACCUCGUGUCUUCCGCCUUCCGCGGCUCCCGGAGCAGCAGCAGCUGCAGCAACAGCACCACCUCCAGCAACAAGAGCUCCGGCAGCAGCUCCUCCUCGAGUUCGAGUUCCAGUUCGAGCUCCAGCUCGAGCACCAGCUCGAGUUCCUGCAGCAGCUCCCUACUGCCACAGCGAUGCUCCUCCGAGUAUCUCCUCGGAGGAAUGUCGCCAAAGAGUCGCCAUGCCUGCAUUAUGCUCAUGUCCUGCUCCUUCCUCGGGCUCCCCUUCCUGCCCGCCAGCAACCUCUUCUUCUAUGUGGGCUUCGUCGUGGCCGAGCGGCUCCUCUACCUCCCCUCCGUGGGGUUCUGCUUGCUGGUGGGCUACGGAGUGUCCCGCCUCUUGGCCUCCUCGCAACGGACACGUUGCACUCUGGUCCUGUGCCUCAGCGUAUGCCUUCUUGCCGCAAUGAGCCUGAGGACGGUGCGCCGCAACGCCGACUGGCGGGACGAGGAGAGCCUCUACAGGAGUGCGAUUGCCGUGAAUCCGCCAAAGGCGUUGGGCAAUCUGGGAAGCGUGCUUAGCUCUCAGGGACGCUACGAGGAGGCCAAACAGGUCCUGCAGGAGGCCAUCCGGUACAGGCCCAACAUGGCGGAUGUGCACUUUAAUCUCAGCAGCGUCGCGACACAACAUAACGGGGGCUACAGGAAAGCGGCAGCAGCAGCAGCAGCAGAGGCAUCAGGAAAAACGGAAAUACAAAGCAGAAAAAAACGAGCGGAGAAAAAGCGAGCGCGGAGUUGCGCUUUGAAUAUUCAGUGCGUCAUUUUGGGUUUCCUUUUUACCGCCUGUCUGUCAACGUCAGAGGAGCGGAGUGGAGCGGAGCGGAGCCGAGGCUUGUCGCAUGCCAGAUUAUUGCUUGUACUUCAUAGUAUUCCAUCGUGCGCCUUCCACCGGGUUGAGCUCCAUCUUUGGGCCUUCGCUUACUGCCCUCCGAGUGGGGGCUAAUGCUACUGUCACAGUCUUCAAGUCAAUGGUUCAGAAUCAGGUCACACACUGCUAAGGCCUCCAUUAUGUGUGCUGUGUGUCCUGCGUGGAAACCCUUCAACAGGGACGACCAGGGAAAAUCCAGGGCCGCCAACAAAGCGAACCAACCACUCGCUAAUCGAAAAUCAAUGUUGUUUGGGGGCCAACCGCAGGAGCAGCAACAGCAGAGGCAGCAACAGCAGCAUUCCAUACUCCUUCUCUGGGAAUACGGAUACACACAUCUUGUAGAUACAUUAUUUACUGCGAUCAAAUCAUCAAUAGGAAUGCUCGCGGCGCCGUCGCUUUCGCUUGCUUGACUGAUUGCCAGGCGACUCCCUCCACAAACACACAAGCACACAUCCACACAUCCACACAUCCGAAGGAGUGUUUGCCAGGACGCAGGACUCGAGCGAGUUCGAGUACGAGUACGAGUACGGGACUGAGGACUGAGGACCGGGGACUAUUGGCAUUCCACCUCCUGCUGCUGGAGAGCCAAACACCGAAACCAGAAAAUCACUGAACUGUAUAAUUUGAUUUUUUACUUUUACGUGUAACGUCAGACAUUCGUUCUUUUUAUUGUUGCCACACACUGACAGCACCAGCAGCAGCAGCAACAACAGCAUCGAUGUGGCAUCAGGCAUCAGGAAAUAGAAAAGUGGGGAAAAAGUGCAUCGCUUUAAGAGGCCCCGCCCCUGCCCUCGCAUCCUUCUUCUGCUGCUUCUGACAAACUAAUUACAUAAAUCCAAGUGGCGUCUCCUCCUUCAAGUGGCAGCAACCCUUCAAACCGUUCCUCCAUUCCAUUCCCCUGCAUUCAGCAGGUCCUUGAGGCACUCCUCAGGCUCUAGUAUCUCGCUGUAGGGCUUAGGCGCUCUAAUUAGAUCACGAGGGCGGCAAGCGGCACAAGUUCAGGCGACAGUCUAUUAAUGUCAACACUUUCACUCUCUCUCUCUCUCUCUCU